AUGUUUGAGAAUUUUGAGCCCAUCUCGGUCCAAACCCAAUCAUCACCAGAAGUGACGAUCCGCGGACUACGCAGCACAAACAGUGCUUCUUCUUCUUCUUCUUCUUCACAGCUCCCACCGCUCCUCCUGCUGCACGGCUUCCCACAGACCCUCCACAUCUGGCACCGCAUCGCCCCCCGGCUCACAGACACCUUCACCGUCGUGCUCCUCGACCUGCGCGGCUAUGGCACCUCGUCCAAACCAGGCGGCGACGUCUCCCAGUACGCCAAGUCCGUUAUGGCACGCGACUGCGUGACGGUCAUGGAGACGCUGGGCUACAAGUCCUUCUACCUCUGCGGGCACGACCGCGGCGGCCGCGUCGGGCACAAGCUGUGCGUAGACCACCCCGACCGCGUGAGGCGCGCCAUGUUCCUCGACAUCUGCCCAACCCUGGCCAUGUACGAGGCCACCGACCUCACCUUCGCCACCGCCUAUUUCCACUGGUUCCUGCUCAUACAGCCGGCGCCCCUGCCCGAGACCAUGCUGCUCUCAAACCCGCGCCGGCUGGCCGAGCUGUUCAUGGGCGGGCGCCAGCUGGGCGGCACGGGCAUCUUCGAGCCCGAGUGCUUUGACAAGUAUGUGGCGGGCAUGAGCGACCCGGAUUGCGUGCACGCCAUGUGCGAGGACUAUCGGGCCGCAGCGACGCUGGACCUGGACGAGCAGCGGGCGGAUCUGGAAGGGUCGAGACGCAUCAGAUGUCCAUUGCGGGUGUUGUGGGGGAAGGCUGGGGUUGUGGAGAAGCGCUUUGACGCGCUGAGGGAGUGGCGCAAAGUGGUGGAGGAGGGCGUCAAGGUGGAUGGGUAUGCCGUGGACUCGGGACACUAUAUCCCGGAGCAUGCGCCGGAUGAUGUUCUGGCUGCGAUACAGGAGUUUUUUGUUGCUGAAGAAGAAUGA